CACACACAGUCGCUCGAGCGCACACACAAACAAACAUGGCGUCCAGGCAGACGGGUAAGAUGCUCGCUGUGGGUCGUUGCGUGGUGUAUGUGCUGUUAUGGCUCGUUCCCAGCUCGCUUUGCUCCACACUCCGGCUUCACCGGGAUCACACGUUCAUGCUGCCGCAGGACAGAGGCUUUUCUCUGGUCAGUGCAUUUGAUCAGCUCCCGGACAGAGGCGCGGAGCAGCACAGCGCGAGCCAGCAUCGACACCGCGCUCGGAGGAGUAGCACCGAUACAGCCGUGCCAAAGGUUUACGGACGGGCCAACCUGAAUGACUCUCAUAACCAGAUGGUUGUGCACUGGGCCGGAGAGAAGAGUAACGUCAUCGUAGCUUUGGCAAGAGACAGCGUCGGAGCCACCGACCCCAAGAGCAGCUCGGUUUACGUGUCGUAUGACUACGGAACCACCUUCAUCCAUAUAUCUGAUAAGUUUGUCCUGCUUAAAGGGAAGGAGAGCAGCAAGCAGGUGAUCUCGCAGUUCUACCACAGUCCUGCUGAUAACAGACGUUACCUUUUCGCAGACACAAAAAACAGUUAUCUUUGGAACACCUUUGACUUCUGUAAGAGCGUCCAGGGAUUCUCCAUGCCCUUUAAACCCACAGACCUGCUCCUGCACAGCAAGAGGCCAAACCUGGUUCUGGGUUAUGAUGGUUCCCACCCUAAUAAACAGCUGUGGAAGUCUGAUGACUUUGGAGAAACAUGGGUGCUGAUUCAAGAACAUGUCAAGUCCUACUUCUGGGGAGUGGAGCCGUACGACAGCCCGACCACGGUGCUGGUCCAGAGACACGAACCCCAGGGUGUCUCCAGCAUUCUCAGCAGCACAGACUUCUUCCAGAGUGAAGAAAACCGACGCAUCAUUCUGGAAAGGGUGGACAGCUUUCAGCUCCGAGACAAGUACAUGUUUGCUACGACAACCAGGACGCUGCUCGGGAGCCACGAGCCACAAUCGGUCCAGCUGUGGGUCUCCUACAACCGCCAGCCCAUGAGAGCGGCCCAGUUCAACACUCGCCAUCCUAUCACUGAGUAUUACAUAGCCGAUGCCUCGGAGGAUCAGGUGUUUGUGUGCGUGAAUCACAACAACAACGUAACACACCUGUACAUCUCGGACACGCAGGGGCUCGCCUUUUCACUUUCUCUGGAGAAUGUGCUGUACUACAGCCCUGAGGGUUCAGGAAGCAACACCCUCAUCAGGUACUUUGCCAACGAGCCAUUUGCAGACCUGCACCGUGUGGAAGGCCUGCGUGGCGUGUUCGUGGCCACGCUUAUCAAUGGCUCGCUCAGCGAAGACAACAUGCGCUCAGUGAUCACCUUCGACAAGGGCGGCACCUGGGAGCUGCUGCAGCCGCCAAAUUUCGACAGCCUUGGGGGCUCCAUCGACUGCCAGAUUUCUAAAGGUUGCUCUCUGCACUUGGCUCAGCGCUGGAGUCAGCUGCUGAAUAUUCAGCUUCGCAGGAUGCCCAUUCUGAGCAAAGAGUCUGCACCUGGCCUUAUUAUGGCAACAGGAUCUGUGGGAAAGAACCUGGCUAACAAACCCAACGUGUACGUCUCUAGCAGCGCCGGAGCCAGGUGGAGAGAGGCUCUGGCUGGUCCUCACUUCUACACCUGGGGAGACCAUGGAGGCAUCCUGAUGGCUAUUUCCCAGGGCGGUUCCACAGAAACACUUAAGUACAGCACCAACGAGGGCGAGACGUGGAGCGAGUUCCAGUUCUCCCAGCAGGAGGUGUACGUGUACCAGCUGCUGACCGAGCCGGGCGAGAAGAGCACCAUCUUUACUAUCUUUGGCUCCUACGCUGAGCAGACACACAGCUGGCUCAUCCUGCAGGUCAACGUCAGCGACGUGCUCGGUGUGCCUUGCUCUGAGGGCGACUAUAAGCCCUGGUCUCCGUCUGACGAGCGAGGAAACGGCUGCGUUCUGGGUCGUGAGCUGCUCUUCAAGCGUCGCUCGCCUCACGCAUCCUGCUUCAACGGCGAGGACUUUGACCGCCCCGUCAGCCUGUCCAACUGCUCCUGUACGCGCCAGGACUACGAAUGUGAUUACGGCUUCAAGCUGAGUGAGGACUUCUCCCUUCAAGUGUGCGUUCCUGACCCGGAGUUUUCGGGAAACUUGUACGCCCCUCCUGUGCCCUGUCCCGUGGGCACGACGUACCGCCGCAGCAAAGGCUAUAGAAAAGUUCCUGGUGAUAGCUGUACCGGUGGAGACGUCGAGGCCAGGCUGGAUGGAGAGAUGCUCCCAUGUCCUAUCGGAGAGAGUAAUGAAUUCAUCCUGUAUGCCGUGAGGAACUCGAUCCACCGCUAUGACCUGGCUACUGGUGUUGACCAGCCCCUGCCUCUCUCAGGACUCCGUGAGGCUGUGGCUCUGGACUUCGAUUAUGAGAGGAACUGCCUCUACUGGGCCGACAUUUCACUCGACACCAUACAGAGGCUGUGUUUAAAUGGCAGUUCUGGUCAGGAGGUGAUUGUUAGGAAAGGUCUGGAGAAUGUCGAGGCUCUGACCUUUGACCCCAUCAGCCGACUUCUCUACUGGGUGGAUGCUGGCUCUCAGAAGAUAGAGGUCUCAAACCCUGACGGGGAUCUGAGGUACACUCUGGUCAACUCCUCCAUUUUGGAGCAUCCUCGAGCCCUGGCCCUUAUGCCUGGAGAGAGCCUGAUGUUCUGGACCGACUGGGGAGACAGAGCAGCUGGCGUGUACCGCAGCUGGAUGGACGGCUCCAAUGUGUCCCGCAUCGUGUCAGAUGGUGUUCGCUGGCCCAAUGGCAUCACGGCUGAUGAGCACUGGCUCUAUUGGACCGAAGCGUAUGGAGACCGAAUCGAGAGAUCUGACUUCACAGGUGGACAGCGCACAGUGCUAAUGGAGGGGCUACCGCAUCCCUACGCUAUAGCUGUAUUUAAGAAUGAUCUCUACUGGGAUGACUGGUCAAGAAUGGGUAUCUUCAAGGCACCUAAAUCAGGCUCACCCAAUAGCGAGCUCCUCGUGGGAAGGCUGACCGGCGUCAUGGACCUUAAAAUCUUCUAUAAGGGCAAGGCUAGAGGUCAUAACGCUUGUGCGGAUCAGCCAUGUACACUGCUGUGUUUGCCCCAACCGGGCCACAGGCAUACCUGUGUGUGUCCAGACGGAGUUGCCACCACCAAGCUGCCCUCAGGAGAGCUCCAGUGUCAGUGUCCCAGCGGGUACCAGCUCCGAAACAACACGUGUGUGAAGACAGAACACACUUGUCUGCCGAACCAGUACCGCUGCUCAAACGGCAAGUGCAUCAGCAGCAUCUGGAAGUGUGACAGUGACAACGACUGUGGAGAUAUGAGUGAUGAGCAGGAAUGCCCCACUACCUCAUGCGAUCCGUCUGUGCAGUUCCGCUGUGUAGCUUCAGGCUCAUGCAUCCCUUUGGCUUUCAAGUGUGAUCAUGAGGAUGAUUGCGGUGACAACAGUGAUGAGGAGCACUGCGACUCUCAUCAGUGUGGACCUGCAGAGUUCACAUGCGCAAGAGGAGUGUGUAUCCGUGACGUCUGGCGCUGUGAUGGUGAUAAUGACUGCCGGGACUGGUCUGAUGAGGCCAACUGCACUGUGGGCCAUCACACUUGCGAGAGCAGCAGUUUCCAGUGUCACACGGGUCACUGCAUUCCUCAGCGCUGGGUUUGUGAUGGUGAUGAUGACUGUCAGGAUGGCUCUGACGAGGAGCCCAGUCACUGUGAGGGAGAUCGCUGUAACGGCUUCCUGUGUUCCAACGGCACAUGCUUGCCUGCCAGCUCCCACUGUAACGGCGUGGAGGAGUGCCCAGGGGGCGCCGACGAGCAGCACUGCGAUCCGUUGUGCACGCGCUACAUGGAGUUUGUGUGCAGGAACAGAGCUCAGUGUCUCUUCCAGUCGCUGGUGUGUGACGGCACGAAACAUUGCUCCGACGGCUCGGACGAGGACGCGGCGUACGCCGGCUGCUCCACGCAUCCUGAAUUUGAGAAGAAGUGCGAUGCUUACAAUUUCCAGUGCUCCAACGGCAUGUGUGUGAGUCUGGACUGGAAGUGUGACGGCAUGGAUGACUGUGGUGACUACUCAGAUGAGGCAAACUGUGCAGGUUCUCCCACCGAGGAGCCGGGCUGCUCGCGUUAUUUUCAGUACGAGUGUAAGAACGGCCGCUGCGUGCCCACAUGGUGGAAGUGCGAUGGUGAGAAUGACUGUGGAGACUGGUCUGAUGAGGCCCAAUGCACAGAUGGACUCUCUCCCCAUACUCCUGCCCCGGGCCCUGCUACAUGCGCCCCUAACCAUUUCCACUGUGGUUCUGGAGCGUGUAUAGUGAAUAACUGGGUGUGUGAUGGCUAUGCUGAUUGUCCUGAUGGCAGUGACGAAAUGGGCUGCCCCACAGCUUCCAACAGCACGGUGACUCAGAAGCCCGUGCCCACUCAUGCCCCUGACCCGACUGGUCAUUGUUCCAGAGGGCAGUUCCAGUGUCGUAAGCCGCCCACAUGCAUCCCAGAGUGGCAGCGCUGUGAUGGCCACCCCAACUGCCAAGACAACUCGGACGAAUCCGGCUGUCCCACUCGGGAGCCUCUGGUGUGUGUGAACGGGACACUGUGUGCUGACCGGGAGGCAUGUGUACUGGAGAGUGAAAGGUGCGAUGGUUUCUUGGACUGCUCAGACCAUAGUGACGAGGACAACUGCACCGCUGACCAGCUGGUGUAUAAAGUCCAGAACCUGCAGUGGCACGCAGACUUCUCUGGCACGGUCACACUCACCUGGUCCCGCCCUAAAAACAUGCCGCUCUCCUCCUGCUUCUUCCUUAUCUACUACAGGUUUGUAGGGACUCAGCAGUGGACCAUGAUGGAGACACAUAGUAAUAAGAGCAGCUAUACGCUGAGCGUACUGAGGCCGGACACCACCUACCAGGUGAAAGUGGUGACGCAGUGCCUCAGCAAGCAGCACAAGACCAACGAAGUGCUCACACUACGGACACCCGAGGGCUUGCCGGAUCCUCCUCAGGCUUUGCAGUUAAGCUGUGAUAAUGCAGAAGACGGCACGGUCCUGUGCUCCUGGACUCCUCCAGCUAAUGCUCAUGGCUUUAUCAGAGAAUACAUUGUGGAGUACAGUGAGAAGGGCAGUUCAGAGUGGUUUUCCCAGAGAAGUUCUAGCACCAGUACGGAGGUUAAGAGCCUGCAGCCCAGCUCUCUCUACAGGUUCAGGGUUGCUGCAGUCACCAGCAGAGGGGUGGGCAACUGGACAGAGAUCAAAUCCAUUAUCCCUCAGAAAGCUUUAGCCCCUCCGGUUACGAAAAUUAUCAGCAUCACGGAAGACACGGUGAAACUAUCCAUCAUCUCUGAGUACAAGGUUAAACACUAUGUGGUGGUGCUGUCUUGGGUUUUUGACAAGCAUGUGAAAGAGAACAGGAACUACACAGUCUCAGACACUCUUGCAGCCACUAAUCUGACAGCGGGGACGGUGUAUGAGGUGGCAGUGUGGGCACAUACCGCUGACGGAGACAGUCCCACCGAGUUGACACGUCUGGAGACAAAAGGAACACAGCCAGCACAACCACUGCUCAAAGCCCGGGCACUAAAUCAAACCAUUGUGGAUUGUAGCUGGACUGGACCCCAGGCACAGAUGUAUGGUGUGUUUUACGCCACAUCCUUCCUGGAUCUUUACCGCCGGCCUCGUAGUGUGAACAGCACCAGCACCAGCAUAACCAUCACUGUGGAGAGCGAUGAGCAGUAUCUCUUCCUUGUGCGGGCCAUCUUGCCGUAUCUGGGCCCUCCGUCAGAAUCGGUUGUAGUGAGGAUGAUCCCUAAUGAAAGGCUUCCUCCACGCAAUCUGCAUAAAGUCCAAGUGGAUAAAACGCAGGCCAUACUGAAAUGGCAGCCACCGUAUGACUCCCCCAGCUCUCCUCUAAUGUAUGUAGUGCAUUUGAGAGACACGGUGAGGAAGACAGAGCGCGAUUAUAAAGUCACCACUCAGAACAACACAGUGGAGUACAACCUUAAAGGACUGGAGCCUGGCGGUCGCUAUAGCAUCACUGUCCGCCUCCGCAACAUGACCAAGGAGGCCAGCUAUACUCUUAACACAGUGUCUCUACCUGCACCAGAUGCUCUCAAGAUCCUUACCGAGCAAGACCACGUGUUCCUGUUCUGGAAGAGUUUGGCCGUCAAGGAGCGGAGUUUUAAUGAGAGUCGUGGCUACGAGGUGUCCAUGUAUGACAGUGUCAGUAACUCCACCACAUCGCUGGGCAACACCACAGAGACCUUUUUCAGGAUCAAUAAUCUGCUGAUGGGCCACAACUACACGUUCUCAGUGCGCGCUAGCUGCUUGGUAAACGGCCAGCUCUGUGGCGAAGCGGCGGUGUUGCUGUACGACGAGUUGGGAGGUGCCGGAGCAGGUCCCGGUGACUCAGCUGCUCGUUCAGGCCAUUCAGGUGACACAGCAGCAGUUGUGGUGCCAGUGCUGUUCGUGUUGCUGUUGUGUGUAUGUGGAGGUCUCGUGGCUCUGUACAUGCGCCACCGCCGCCUGCAGCACAGCUUCACUGCCUUCGCCAACAGCCACUACAACUCGCGCCUCGGCUCAGCCAUCUUCUCAUCGGGAGAUGAGCUCGGAGACGAUGACGAGGAUGACCCCAUGAUCGGCGGCUUCGCAGACGACGUUCCCAUGGUGAUAGCAUAGUCUCCUAUUCGAGCCGCUACGCCCUUUUCCGCCUGACUCGCUCUCCCUUCGUCUUCUGUUCGUCCUCCUUUUUCACGUCGUAUCCCCGCAGUAUACCUCCACCCCCAAUCGGCUGACUCCACCCCUCUGCCCCUUACCUCAACCCCUUUCAUCUGGGAUUUCAGGAUUCAAAGAAAGAAACGAGAAAACAAAAGCAAAAGAGAUAUUUUUUAAAAAAAAAGAAAGAAAAAAUCUAUGAUGCACUUUUUUCGGAUGCGCAAUAGCUUAUUUUUUUAUAUAUAAUAUAUCGUUUGUGGGUGAUGGACUUUGUGGGGAGGGGAGGGAUGAAAAGGAACGGAAGCAAAGCUGUGAAGAGGUUUGUCAGCUGGACUCAAUGGACAGUCCCCUCUACAGUCCCACCGAAUCACAAACACACUGGAGCGUUGCAUUCGCUUAAAAAAGCCUAAAUAAGCACCUAUCAACUAUCCACAAGAAGAUAAAAAUCCGCAAAAAAAAAAAAACAUAUUAAUGUACAAAUGGGAAAAAAAUGGACCUAUAAAUGGCGAUUUAAAAAUAAAUAAAAGGGGGGGGGGUGGAACGUGGACAGUGAAUUGCACAGAAAUGGAUUGUUCUAUAUUCUUUUAUCGUGUCACUUUGUCAGUAGACGUGUAUAUUUGCCCACAGUUAACAUUUUGAUGUUCAGAUCUGCUUCUCUUUUUUAAACGUGUCUACAUAUCGCUUCCGAGGAGGCUGUAUAGAUGUAUUUUUCUGCUUGUGGAAAAUGUGAACUCGCCUUGUGUUUUGUAUUUUUUGUUUUUAAUUUUUUUCCCUCUCCUCCCAUACCUUUCUGGCUAAAUUACUGAAUCACUGUACGGUAUUAAAGAGCCAUUUUAAUAGACCAUGUCUUUUCAGUUGCUCCUAAAGUAUUGGGAGCGUUUAGGAUUCCGAAAUAUUCCCCAAGGCUAAGAAAGUUUUUUCCGAAAUUAGUUUUCAGAAUGGCACUGAUUUCUCUUUGUUGUUUUAUUUUAUUUGUAUUGUUUUUUUGCUUUGAAUUUUCAUAAUUAAUUGUGGAAGCUAUUAGAAUGUUCCCAUUAGCUGUCAUUUUAACAGUCUUUUGAUGUUCUCAGGGAAGUGUGUGUGUGUGUGUGUGUGUGUGUUAGGGCAUGGUACCAGUGUUAUUAGCCUGUGUAAGUGGUUAGGUUGUGUGUUUGUUUUUUGUUUUUUUCCUCUCUCUCUGAGGCAGUCAUGCAGCGCAGCAGCUUUGUCUUUACACAUCAGUCGAGACUCGGUCGUCAUAUCUGGUGCCAAAUGUAGAAGUAGAAGCAGAGAGAAUCGGAUCUGCAGUUGGCCUGGAUGUGCUUUAGAAGAGGAAUCAGAAACGUUGACUCUUAUCUCAUCGGGUACUGCUCGCAAGCCUUGUUCAUGAAUGUAUUUUUGUUUCUAUGUGUUUUGUGGAAAACAAUCACACUGAUUACACAGCCCACCUCUUUUUUUUUUUUUUUUCCCGUUUAAUUUGGUCUUUUUCACGUUGGCGUCCAGUACAGUUGGUACUCAAGUGGGCUGAUUUUGUCCAUUCGCGUCAUGUCUGCCUCCUGUAGUUACAAUAACUCAGCUGUGAUUUGUCCUCUUAAACCAUGUGUUCUGACUCCUCCAAUACGCCUAACCCCAACUAGGUUCUGUUUCCUCUUUCGCCUGUAGACAUGACCUCACAGACACACUUGCAGAAUUGAUGAUCUAGUUAGAUUUUUUUUUUUUCUUUCGACUGUCACAUUGGAAACAAUUUGAGUUGUGUGAUCAUGUCUAGUUGAUCAAAAACAAAGCUCUGAUUAUACAAAGAUGACUGCAGGACCUUCUCUGUAUUGUGUUUUUCAUUGAAGCCCUCCCAACACCCAAACUCUCAAAAUCUUUGUCAUCAUCACUCAGUAACUCUUUGUGGCUCUGUUGUGAAAGAAAUUUGCUGAUGUUGAUACUGGGUUUUUUUUUUUUUAAAUGUGUUAAUUUAUGCAGAGUAACGACAUCCGAAACAGCCCUUUUCGAUUUGAUUCUGCUUGCCUGUGGAGGGUUUUGCGGACAUGAAUCUUGUUAAGAGGUACCGUCAGAGGUGUUUUAAGUACCACUUAUGCUCAAAUAAACAUGUUGAAACUG